AUGUCGACCUCAUCUACAACCGCCAAGAUGACUUACCGCUUCCUUGGCAACUCUGGUCUGAUCGUUUCUAAGUUUGGUCUUGGCUCAUGGAUGCCAUACUACGAGAAGUACACCGUGGAUGCAAGCGUGCAAGAUCGCAGACCGCUUGGGGUUGAUUCGCCCCAUCGCGGAGUAGCCGGAGUACAACAUCUUGAGCGCAACAAAGUGGACCACGAGUAUACUGACCUGUACAAGGAGUACAAGUUGGGUCUGACGACGUGGUCUCCGCUUGCCUUCGGUACUCUGACUGGCAAGUACAGCGCCGGAGAACUGUCUGAAAGCUUUGAGGAACGCGUGGUGAUGGCCGACCAGCUCAAACCCAUUGCGACGGAGCUCGGUUGCACGCUUGCGCAGAUGUCGCUUGCAUGGGCCGUCUCGAACGAGAACGUCUCGGCUGUGAUGAUCGGUGCGAGUCAUCCAUCUCAGCUGGAGGAGAACAUCAAGGCGCUGGAGUUAGUGGACAAGAUCACCCCGUUCCGAUGA